AUGCUCAGACAAACAAGCAUGCUAUCUAUCUUGAUGAUGGUCGGUUUUGCUGGCCUUUCACAAGCCGUCAGCCCUAUUGAAACUAAUUUCCUCAGAAGUCUAGUCGGUGUUCAAAGUGAAUCAGACUCAUUCAGAGAGCUACAUGAAGGACACAGAGAUCUUCAAACUACUACAAGAGUUACGUCUUUAAGCACAGAUCCAGAUGCUCCAUAAAUCACUAACUUAACUCAAUGGAUGACUCAAGCUAAGACAAACGCUAUUCUUGGUGCUAAAACCAUCACUUAGUUAUCUCUUCCAGGAGUUAACAGAGCUGGUCUUAAUUUUAUCAAUAAUAAUCAGACUCUCUUGAAGACCUAAUUGACUGCUAUGGGAUUCAAUAGUAGUGACUAAAACUAAUUUGGGAGACUUAUUCAAGAGAUCUAUCACGAAGUCUUGGUUGGUAAUCCAUAACCACUUCCAGGCGCCUUAAGACUUGGAGCUAGAUAUAUUGAUUUAAGAGUUGCUGGUGACCCAAAGAACGCAACAAAACUAUUCCUUUCAAACUCUCACCUCUCUUCUAUUCCUCUAGAAUAAUGUCUUAAAGAAAUCAAUGUAUUUUUAUUGGAGAAUCCAAGCGAAAUUCUAAUCGUUGAUAUUAAUCAUGACUACAAUUCACUCGGAAAUGCAGGUUAGUAAGCAAGCACAGCAGCCAUUGCUAACUAUGUUAAAUUAUAUGUUAAUGCUACAUUCAUUCUGCCAAUAUCCAAACUCUCAGCUCCAAUUUCAUCAUAUGGUGGUGCUUUCUUCACUGGAUUUGAUUUUAACUCCUCCUUCACUAAUGCUGUUAUCAAGCACUCUGUGAAUGCCACUGCCGCCGAUAGCCCAAUCGCUGUUGUUAACAACCUCCAAACUUUCCUUUCAAGUGGAUAUUCAACAUACCAGCCAACUACUUAUGAUUUCAUUAAGUCAGAUCCAUACAUAACUUCAACCUUCACCACUAUCACUUCAACUCUCAGAAACAUAACUGGACUCGCCAACCAAAUUGAGUCCUGCAAGCAAAAGCCAAGAGGUGAAACAAGAGAUAAUGAAAACAAAAGAAACAAGUUGAGGGAGAAUCUCGAAAAGAGAUACUCUACCAUUAGAGACGUCCUUGUGUCUGACUAAGUAGUGCCAGCAUUUAGAGUUGGUUCAGCCUAACUUUCAAAUGUUCUAUUUUUAGACAUGGUAAGAAGAGUAUCUGCUGUCCAGAACCAAGUGAGAAUUGUAUCAAUUGACGACUUCAAUGUAAGAAAUUCACUCGAAAUUAUUCAACUUAACAUCCUAAGAUUCUUGUGA